UCUCCGUAUGAUGCUUCAUCGUGUACGGAUCGAUUUUGAACCUUCUUUAAAAUCUGACCCACAGCUAACAUUGAUUCAUCAAGUAAUUGUUGAGACAAAGCAAUGUCUGGUAUUGCUAUUGCUCGCCUGGCAGAAGAAAGAAAAGGAUGGAGGAAGGAUCACCCAUUUGGCUUCAUUGCACGACCAACAAAGAACCCAGAUGGAACUCUGAACUUGAUGAAUUGGGAGUGUGCCAUUCCUGGCAAGAAAGGGACACCUUGGGAUGGAGGCCUUUACAGACUGAGGAUGAUUUUUAAAGAUGACUACCCAUCAACUCCUCCAAAAUGUAAAUUUGAGCCUCCACUUUUCCACCCAAAUGUUUAUCCAUCAGGUACUGUGUGUUUGUCACUACUGGAUGACGAGAAAGAUUGGAGGCCGGCAAUCACCAUCAAACAAAUUCUGCUCGGCAUACAAGAUCUCCUCAACGAUCCCAACAUCAAAGAUCCUGCGCAGGCCGAGGCUUACACCAUUUAUUGCCAAAAUCGCCUGGAGUAUGAAAAACGGGUCCGCGCACAGGCAAAGGCAAUGUCUGCGCCUUUUGAAUAAAGGCAUUCUUUUGGGAUGACUUCUUCACCGGACUUCUUGUUGUGAGUCCGGCUGGUCUGAAUUAAUUCUUGCAUCUUGCAAAGUUUACUGGGCUUAUUUUGUUUUAUUAAUCAGGAUGCUGCAUUAUUAUGGACAUUUUAAAUUCAAAUUUUCGUAAAAAUUAUCAAUGUCUCUUUGAAUGUGAUUUCUAUUAUUUUUACAAGACUAUUGAAAUUUGCGUCUGUAACUGUUUUCGAAUAUGUUUUCAUUACAGUUUGAAACCUUAAAGGCUUCAAACAAAGCGAUUUAGCGCGAUGACAAAUAAUCUAAGGAAACUUUUUCGGCGGAAUAGCCAUUUUAAUGUCAAGAACAAGUUAUCUCUUCAUCCAGCCUACACAUGCUCAGUUGUGUACGAAGUGUAUCUUGACAGCCCUAUGUUGACACUUGUGCUCGUAACGAAGGAAUACAAAAUAAACUUAUUUUAAGUCA